AAACACUUACCGGUACUUACCUGCUGCAAGCAGGACGGUCAACAUGAGCGCAACAUCAGACUCUUCAGAUGCUCUUGAUCUCAUACAUUCCCCAGCCCUCUUAUCUUUCUCGGUAAUGGUAUAGGCAGAAUCGACGCCGACGCCGAGGUGUCUCAACCCAGAGAUAUCAAACAUUGGGGAUACCAUUCUGCUAUACAGCGUAUUCCUCUGGUGCGCAAACUCGCUGGCUCGCAUCAUGGCCAAUCCUGCAGCCCCUGUUAUAACGGGCACAAUCCCGUUCACCCGCGAUGGCGAGACCUACCAAACCUUCUACAAGCUCUUCGGCUCUCUGGAGAACUGCAAGCGUCGGCCUCUCGUCGUGCUGCACGGCGGUCCGGGGUUCGUGCACGACUACCUCUUGCCCUUCAGCGACCUCGCCGUGAUGGCGGACACUCCUGUAGUGCUGUACGAUCAGCUCGGCAACGGGCUCUCGACGCACUUGCGCGACAAGCCCGCCGAGUUCUGGUCCAUCGACUUUUCAUUGCCGAGCUUGAGAAUCUGGGGUGGGAUCCUCGCAGCCGAGUUCGCCGUGCAGCGCCGGCCGCGCGGCCUGCAGCACCUCGUGUUCACAGACUCGCUCGCCUCGCACUCGCUCUGGCAGGAGAGCAACGCGCAGCUCAUAGUGACAUUCCCACCGGACAUCCAGGCCGCGCUCAAAGCGGGCAUGGCGGACCCCAAGGCGUACUACGACGCGCUCCUCGUGUUCUGCAAGAAGCACGGGUGCACUGUAGACCCCAUGCCGAAGGAGUACUUGCGUGUCUUUGAGGUGGCGUUCAGUGAAAGCGGAGACCCGACGGUCACCUCGAUGAUGUAUCCUAAACUCCUGCCUUGGUCGAUCAUCGACCGGUUGCACAACAUAGAGGUACCGACACUCGUGGUGAACGGCGCCGAUGACGUUGCGCAGGACUUUGUCGUCGAAACUUUCUUUCAGAAGAAUCCGAAGGCAAAGUGGAUCACUUUCGCGAACUCUAGCCAUACCCCGUUCUGGGAGGAGCGCGAGUUGUACAUGAAACGACUGGCAGACUUUUUGGAGCUGUAAUCACGACUUUUAGGGGUAGG